ACCCGCAUGAGCGCCCGCCGGAGCGCAUCCGAAAUAUUUACAAAAGAUACCAGAAAAUGAAAAGCGACGACCUCGAAAAGGACACUGCAAUCCUGGACCUAGAACGGCUGCGUGCAGGUGGUGUAGACCCUGGAGGCAAAUUGCGCCUCGUCGACGAGUGGCACCAUCAGCACUUGACCGCUACUUUUCGCCGGUUUGGCGGUGACCACCCAGCUGCAGCAUAUCCCACGCAAACCUCACGGAUACCUGUCUACGAACAUGACGACAUGCCUGGUCUCCUCAUCGUACCCUCCCUUCUGCCCCCCGAGACCCAGCUCGCACUACUCUCCCGUCUCCUGCAUCGAGAUCUCGCGCAGCCCUCUCAUCUCACCAACAUUCACACUCACUACCAUCUCUCCUAUCCGCCGUCCGCAUCAUCCUUCUUCACACUGCCGCCAACAUCCCCCGCUCCCGUCGCCCAUCCCAAAGAUCCCACUCUCCAUCGUCCACUGAACAUAUCUCAGCUUCUAAACAAGAAACUGCGGUGGACAACCCUUGGUGGGCAGUAUGACUGGACGGCGAAACGAUAUCCGGACGCUACACCACCUUCAUUUCCUUCCGAUGUGAAGGACCUGUUGGAAGCCAUGUUUACCAAUACCAAAGCAGAAGCUGCGAUAGUUAACCUGUAUUCACCCGGCGAUACCCUCAGCGUGCAUCGCGACGUUGCCGAAAGUAGUGACACAGGUUUGAUUAGCGUCAGUCUUGGAUGCGAUGCCAUAUUUGUAGUUGGCACGUCUUCCGAGUCUCCAGCGACGACAAACGAGACCGGCGAUGCUAGUUCCACAAUUCCAACCGGGGAGCGUGUGCUCGCAAUUCGACUACGAUCUGGUAGUGCUGUGUACAUGAGUGGCGCGUCCCGCUUCGCAUGGCAUGGCGUUCCGCAGAUUGUGCCAAACACUUGUCCCGCAUAUCUCGAGAGCUGGCCGGCUGGACAAGGAAAAGACGACACCAAAUUCGAGGCGUGGAGAGGGUGGAUGGCAAGGAAGAGGAUCAACGUGAAUGUUCGCCAAAUGUGGGAUUGAGGUCAGGGUCCCCGAGGUCGCACUGUGCACGACAAAACAUUGUCUAUCGGACCGACCAGCCCGUCGUCGACUUUCGAGGUUCGAUCCGGGUAUUUUGCAUCAGUCCACCUAUACGUCAGAUCCUUCCAGUGGCCUGAUGUUCACCGGCAGGGCUGAGUACUGUACAAAACUUAGCCCACUUUGCAGAGAUUGUAGGGCAACCUUCGAAA